AUGGGAGAUUCGGAGGGUUUGAGCAUGGGCAUUGAGGAGGUCCAUGUCAACACCAACCUGCUGAGGCCAAUACGGCUCCAGGUGGACCCCGAGUUCCAGCGAGUGUGCUCAGAUGAGAGGGAGCAGAUCAAAGCUCUCAACAACAAAUUUGCAUCAUUCAUCGAGAAGGUUCAAUGUCUGGAGCGGCAGAAUCAGGCACUCUUGGCCAAGUGGGAACUUCUGCAGCAGCAAAGCUCUGGCCCUGAGGAGAGAAGGAACAUCAACAGCUUCUUUCAGUCCUACAUCACCAACCUGCAGCGGCAGCUCGAGACACUCCAGAGCCAGAAGGAGCAGCUGGAUCCCGAAGCCUACAACAUGCUCCAGCUUGUUGAGGAUUACAAAAACAGAUUCGAGGAUGAGAUCAACAAACGCACGUCCAAGGAGGAGGAGUUCGUGGAGCUUAAAAAGGAACUGGAUAGUGCUUACAUGGGAAAAAUGGAGUCUGAUGUCCGAGUGGAUAUCCUGAGGCAGGAGCUGGAGUUCCUCCGGUGUUUAUAUGAAGCUGAGCUGUCCCAGCUGCAAACGGUUGCUGGGAAUGUUGACGUUAUUCUGUCCAUGGACAACCACAGGGACCUGAACAUGGAUGGAAUCAUCGAGGAGGUCAGGCAGGAAUACGAGCGGAUGGCCCACAGGAGCAUGGCUGAAGUGGAUGCCAUGUACCGGGGCAGGUACCAGGACCUGCAGAACAUGUGGGUGAGUCAACGAGAGCAGCUGAGGAACAGUCACCAGGAAAUCCAGGAACUUGCCAGGCAGAUCCAAAGACUCCAACCAGAAAUUGAAAUCGCAAGGAAAAGGAAUUCCAGCCUCCAGGACUCCAUUAAGGAUGCUGAGCACCGUGGGAGCUCGGCCGUCAGGGACGGCCAGGAAAAGCUAGAGGAGCUGGAAAAUGCCCUCCAACAGGCCAAGGAUGACCUUUCUCAGCUUGUCCACGAUUACCAGGAGCUCCUGAAUGUGAAGCUGGGCCUGGAUAUUGAGAUUGCCAUGUAUCGAUCACUCCUCGAGGAGGAGGAGAACAGGUGGGGGCAAAAUCCACCCUGGGAUCCAGGAAGGAUCACCAGCCACAAUCUGUGA